AUGAAUCUCUGGACGGACGAUAAUUCCUCAGUCAUGGAGGCUUUCAUGUCGUCCUCCGAUCUCUCUUCCAUAUGGCCCCCGCCGGCGCCGCCGCAGUCCGCCGCGGUCUUCAACCAGGACACGCUCCAGCACCGCCUCCAGGCCCUCAUCGAGGGCGCCAGGGAGAACUGGACCUACGCUAUCUUUUGGCAGUCCUCCUACGACUAUUCCGGCUCCACGCUCCUCGGCUGGGGCGACGGUUACUACAAAGGCGACGACGACAAGGCCAAGGCCAAGGCCAAAGCCAAAGCCAAAGCUACCUCAGCCGCAGAGCAGGACCACCGCAAAAAGGUCCUCCGCGAGCUCAACUCCCUUAUCUCCGGUUCCUCCUCCGCCGCCUCUGACGACGUCGACGAGGAGGUCACUGACACCGAGUGGUUCUUCCUCGUCUCCAUGACCCAGUCCUUCGUCAACGGCGCCGGCUUGCCCGGCCAGGCCUUCUUCAACUCCAACCCCGUCUGGGUCACCGGCGCCGACCGUCUCUCCGCCUCCCCCUGCGAGAGAGCCCGCCAGGGACAAGUAUUCAGCCUCCAAACCCUAGUCUGCAUACCCUCGGCGAACGGCGUCGUAGAGCUGGGGUCCACCGAGUUAAUUUACCAGAACUCGGAUCUGAUGAACAAGGUCAAGGUUCUCUUCAAUUUUAACAACAACUUCGACAUGGGUUCUUCUUGGCCUGCUACUAGCGCCGAUCAAGGAGAAAACGACCCGUCCUCGCUUUGGCUGAACGAUCCUGAAGUUAGGGAUUCCAUUAACACUGUCGCAGCUACCCCUUCUGUUUCCGUUUCGGUUCCCCCUCAUAACAGUACUCACGGGAUUUCAAAGACGAUGCAGUUGGAGAGUUCUAUUCAAACCCCGGGUUCCAGUACCCUAACUGAAACCCCAAGCUCUAUGCACGCUAUUCCGCAGAACCAGAGCGUGUUCUCUAGAGAAUUGAACUUCUCUGAGUACGGUUUUGACCCCAAGAGUGGCAACAAUCACAAUCAGCAUUCCCUGAAGCCUGAAUCCUGCGAGAUUCUCAGCUUCAGCGAGAGCAAGAGAACUUCUUACGGCGGCGGCGGCGGCGUCAAUGGAAAUUCCAAUUCCAAUUCCAAUUUUUUCUCCGGUCAAUCAACGUUUGUUGCUGUUGCGGAUGACAACAACAAUAACAACAACAACAACGGGAAGAGACGGUCGCCGAAUUCACGAGGCAGCAACGAUGACGGAAUGCUUUCGUUCACCUCCCGCGCGAUUCUUCCGGCCACGAAUUUGAAGUCUGGCGGCGGCGGCGAUUCCGACCACUCGGAUCUGGAAGCGUCGGUGGUGAAAGACCCUGUGGUGGAGCCGGAGAAGCGGCCUAGGAAGAGAGGGCGGAAGCCAGCAAACGGAAGAGAGGAACCGUUGAAUCACGUGGAAGCGGAGAGGCAGAGGAGGGAGAAGCUGAAUCAGAGGUUCUACGCGCUUCGUGCUGUGGUUCCCAACGUGUCCAAGAUGGACAAAGCGUCGCUUCUGGGCGACGCCAUAUCUUACAUCACGGAGCUGAAGUCCAAACUUCAAACCCUGGAAUCAGAUAAAGAUGGUUUGCAGAAGCAACUUGAAGGAGUGAAAAAGGAACUCGAGAAAUCAAACGACAACAUUUCUUCUAAUCAUACUAAGCACGCGGGUAAUAGUAACAUUAAGUCGUCGAAUCAGGCGUUGAUUGAUUUGGACAUCGACGUGAAGAUUAUUGGGUGGGACGCGAUGAUAAGGAUUCAAUGCAGCAAGAAGAACCACCCGGCGGCGAGGUUGAUGGCGGCGUUGAUGGAGUUGGAUUUGGAUGUGCACCACGCCAGCGUGUCGGUGGUGAACGAGUUGAUGAUCCAACAAGCGACGGUGAAGAUGGGGAGUAGGUUUUACACGCAGGAGCAGCUUCGUGCGGCCCUGUCGGCUAAGGUUGGGGAUGUACGAUGA